AUGUUGCCCCCGAGUUCGGAUGGCGGCGCCACAUUGCGAGAUCCGCGAGAUUUGCGACAUCUACGAGAUACUGCCCUGCCCACCGGCACGACGUUCGAAACUCUUGAGCACCGUCUGUCCCCCACGUACCACGUCGCGCUCCUCCUUGCUGGAUCAAGACAGCCACGACACGGGCACCGCCUCCCCGGAUCCGGGACUGAGGAGGACCCGUACCUUGUGGACUGGGCACCGGGCGAGCGAGCGAAUCCUUACAACUGGGCCAAGUCGUACCGCUGGGCAAUCACCGGCAUCAUUGGGAUAAGCACGCUGUGCAUCGCCUUUGCUAGCUCGGCGUACUCAACAGCUGUGAGCGGCAUCGUCGCCGAGUUCGACGCCAACCACCAACUCGUCGUCGCCGGCCUCAGCUUCUAUGUAAUCGGUUUUGGCGUGGGCCCUCUGGUCUGGGCACCAAUCUCGGAACUGUACGGUCGCAAUGUCGCGUUUUACUUCUCCUACCCCGUGUUCGUGUUGUUCAACCUCGUCGGCGCGCUCAGCCCGAACCUUGCGACCGUACUCGUGAGCCGGCUGAUAGCGGGAACGUUUGGCGCUUGUCCCAUCACCAAUGCCGGUGGGCAGAUCGGCGACAUGUUCCCGGCCCACGAUCGUGCUCUUGCAACGAGCUUCUUCUCACUCGCACCGUUCCUCGGGCCCGUCAUUGGGCCAAUCGUCGGCGGCUUUGUCGCAGAGUACCGCAGCUGGCGCUGGGUGUUCUGGGUGCAGUUCUUCUUCGGACUCACAAUGUGUAUCCUAUCGCUCAUCGUGGUGCCGGAGACGUACGCGCCGACACUACUCCGCCGUAAGGCCAAGCGUCUCCAGGCAGCGUCAGUAGCGGCUGGGACACCCGCAGUGUUCAUCGCCAAGUAUGACCGCGUGAACAAGUCGCCCGUACAGGUCCUGCGCACCAACCUUAUCCGUCCGUUCCAGCUGCUCUUCCGCGAGCUCAUCGCGGCCUGUUUGGCCAUCUACGGCGCGGUAAUCUACGGAACACUGUACCUAUUCUUCGAGGCGUUUCCGAUCGUGUUCGCGGAAAACCGCGGCUGGACUCUAAGCCAAGUCGGCCUCUCCUUCUUAGGUAUUGGGGUAGGUCUACUAAUCGGCAAUGCGAGCACACCCCUCUUUAACAGGCUCUACGAGCGCGCCGAGACCAAAGCCGAAGCAGAGGGCAGGGAGACGCCACCAGAAGCGCGUCUUCCGGGCUGUGCAGUUGGUGCAACAGCACUCCCGAUUGGUUUGUUCGUGUUCGCGUGGACAUGUACCCCAAACGUACACUGGAUCGUGCCCAUCAUCGCCUCGAUCCCGUUUGGGUCGGGCUUCCAGCUCAUUUUCACGGGCAUGCAGCUCUUCCUCAUCGACGCGUACCAGCUUUACUCGGCAAGUGCGCUGGCAAGCAGUGCAGUACUGCGUGCACUGGCCGGGGCGAUAUUUCCACUCUUUACGAACAAGAUGUAUACCCGCCUCGGACUGAAUUGGGCCGGUACAUUGGUAGCGUUCCUUGCGCUCGCAUGUGCGCCCAUGCCCUUCCUAUUCUAUCGGUAUGGCGCGUUCCUCCGGCGCCACUCCAAGUAUGCUCCGUCUGGCCCUCGCGAGGGUGGGAGCGAGUGUGCGGAUAAAGUCCCCCAGCCGCCCGUGGAUGAGGCGCUCGAACCAGAAUAUGCGCCGGACGCCGGCGACGACGCAGGCGUCGAUACCUGUACACCGGACUGGGAGGGGAUACGCGUGGAGAAGACGGGGAGAGAGAUAGAAGGCGGCGAUAUCGUGUAG